AUAGCGUCUAUGGGUCCAUCGCAAUCCCGAAUCGGCGAGCCCCGACCGGUUUCGAAGUCUAGCAAGAAGGAGAGCUGGUUCGGAACAUGGCUCGAGACGCGUCAAGGCAUCAAGGCAUCACUAGGCUACAAUACCUCGGCCAUCCCUGACGAGAUAUACCCCGACAACAUCUUCACGCCUAUACAGCAAGACAGCAUUCUUCCGCAAAUACCGAUCGGCCGUCAUCACCCAGUUUCUAGAACGGGGGUGGAGGAUGACGACAAAAGGACUCUGCACACGAACAAGUUCUACGCCAAUGCAUUUCUAGGUCAGCAGAACCAGCCUAUUUGGACACAUCCGUACUCAAUAUGGUGGGGCAAGUUGGCAUUGGAUGUGGGAACAGUGCAAACAUGGGGCAUGUGCGUGAGCCAUAUUGAGGAGAAGGAUUUGGUCUUCGAACCUGGACAUUCUGCGAAAGGCUAUAUCAACCCGCUACACAAGCAGCAUCUUAUCCUCAGCGCCGUCGAACUCGAUGCUCGGACAACGCUUACCACGGAUACUCAUCUCCCCUUCUCCGUCAACAUCAACCUCAACGCGCACUCCACGCCUAAAGAACCUAAGAUCACAUUCCCGGUUGUUCAAGGCAUGAGCUUCGUCACAGCUGGCUACCGAGACGCAACGCCCAUCAUACAGACUGGCGGUCGCGGCUUCGGAGACGUGGCAGGCCCAAUCAUCAUGGGCCGCACGGUCAAGUACCGCUUGAAAGAUAAGGAUGGAGCGUCUUGGGCCAUGUACAUCAAUCCAGUAGCGAGCCUCGACUACGACGCCACCAAGUUCGCCAGAAUCAAUGCCAACACGCUCGUUGGCCCACCAGCCUUCAAAGGCACAAUCCAGGUCGCAAAGAACCCGCUCGGCGCAGAAGGAGAAGCCAUGUACGACCGAGCCUGUGGAGCAUUCGUAUGCGAAGCUAGACUUACCGCUGUAGUGCCAGACGGCAAAGGCAUCUACACGUUCCGGUACACAAAAGUCGGCCACUCACCAUUACUCAUGUUCGCCCUACCACACCACAUCCAAUCCCUCGACCCAGACAUGAGGCACCAAGUAACCAACCUGCGCCUUCGUACCACGACCAAAGGCAUAGCAACAGCCAUCUGGGCCGAAAAGCUUACCUUCAUCGAACCUAACAUCCCACUAACCAUGCACUUUGGCCCCUGGAACCCCACCACGAGCGCAAACGCCAAAAUACGUUAUUCCCCCGAAGUCCUUGCCUUCAUCGCCGCAGUCGCAGAACGCGAUCUCCGGCGCGCAAUGACAGAACGCAUACCACAAGACUCCAUGUAUUUUGCCGGAAAAGCUCUAUCGAAAUUCGCGACUAUCGUUUGGGUCAUCAAAGACGUGUUGAAUCACGAAGCCAUCGCAAACGCUGGACUAGAAAAGUUAAAACAAGAAUUCGCGCGGUAUGUCGAGAACCAACAACGGUAUCCUCUUUACUACGACGACAGCUGGAAAGGCGUCGUCUCAGCCGCUGGCUUCACAGACCCAAAUGCCGAUUUCGGGAAUACGUAUUACAACGACCAUCACUUCCAUUACGCAUACUUUGUCUACACAGCCGCUGUGAUCGGGUAUUUGGAUCCGGAGUGGUUGAUGCAAGGGGAUAACAAGGCGUGGACGAAUAUGCUGGUGAAGGACUACGCCGAAAGCGAUUACAACGGCCGAGACUACCCUUUUCAACGCGCGUUUGACUGGUGGCAUGGACAUAGUUGGGCGAAAGGGCUAUUUGAAAGCGCAGAUGGCAAGGACAUGGAGAGUACGGGGGAAGAUGCGUUUUCUUGUUAUGCGGUUAAGAUGUGGGGGAGGGUUAGUGGGGAUGCGAAUAUGGAGAAGAGAGGAAAUCUCCAACUUGCCAUCCAAGCCCGCUGCUUCAAUUCCUACAUGUACAUCCGCUCCAAUAACACAAACCACCCAAACCGCUACACGCAGAACAAAGUCGCGGGGAUUCUGUUUGAGAACAAAAUCGAUCACGCGAGUACGUAUGCCCGUCAUAGUACCUUUUGCUGUUGCUCGUACUUCGGUCUCGAAACCUCCCUCAUCCACGGCAUCCACAUCGUCCCUAUUUCGCCCUGCACCUCUCUAAUUCGGCCCCGCGGGUUCGUAAGAGAAGAAUGGAACACGUUCUUCACGGAAGGGCGGGCGAAUGUUGAAGGGGGUUGGCGUGGGAUCUUGUAUGCUAAUCUCGCGUUGAUUGAUCCGAGAGCGAGUUAUAGCUUCUUCAGAGACGGGAUCGAUGGGUUUUGGGAUGAAAGGUGGAUUGAUGGUGGGGCAAGUAGGACGUGGUAUCUUGUUUGGGCGGCGGCUUGGGGGGAGUUUGCUAAGGCAGGGAGGUGAGGGGAUGGUGAAGGGGUGGAGAAGUAAGAUGUUGUUUGAGUAGCUUGUCCUGGAGGUCUGCGGGGUGAGCGCGCUGCAGGUUAGUAGUAAGAACUGCCGAUAAGCACGACACCCACCCUAUGCACAAUAAGAAGAACAUCCGAAUGUUUCUUGACAGUUCAUUUGAUCCUACAUAUACAAAUCCUCCCCUUCCACUCAUCCCACCAACAUGAGGUCCCCGCUAAGCUCAGACCACAUUCGAUCGUCAAGCCACACUCCACUGUUCGGCAGCCGAUCGUUCCGAAAUGCACUGCCACAAGUAGAUAUAACGCCAAGAACAGCUGCACCACCCCACAGAUACUCGUACAAGGAGACUAAGAACUAAGGAAAUGCAGUAGCAAAUAGGAAAACGAAGAGGCCCUUCCGUUCUGUAGUCUUGUGCCAAGAUAUAUUAGAGCAGAACAUAGA